AUGGCGUCCUUUUCGCUGCCAGGACGCAGCGAUUCAAUCCUCAAUGACGGAGCAGCGCCAAGAGAGUCGAAGGGACUGCAACGGGGUCGCUUCGAGGCUGGGCAAGCCGUUGAUGUCACCAAAGGCGGGUCUGAUGCUUCUGGACCAAGCUCGGCGACGCGAGGUCCGAAGGCUGCUCGAGAGGCUACCUUGGCUUGGAGACGGACCACUGCUGCUGCCACCGGCCUGGUAGACUUGGCGGAUGCAGCGAUGCGACCUCAGGAUGGGGAUCGUCUGCGCGCUGGCGGUCCUCAUUCCGGAGUCAGAUCGAGCUCGUCCUCACUCAGCCCCAGCGAAGACUCAUCAUCUUCGUUCUUCAAGACCCGCCUCGCCGGCGACGCUUCCGACGUGGGGACCAGUCGCUCCCAUUCUACAUCCGUCACGUCGCUAGGCGUACACAACCAGGAUAGACGAGGACCUAAGCGGCCGAGCACACACGCUUCACUUCCUCCGAAGGCGGCAGGCGACAUCAGUCCGCCCAAUAGCACAAGCUCCUCGCUUCUACAGAACGGAAGCUUGAACAGCGCAGAGGAAAAAUCUGAUGACUCCAGCCAAUCGCGGGAGCCUUCGGGUGAUUUGAGAGGGCGCAAGGUGCUACAGGAGCCAGGUUUCGUGAGCUCUCCAGUGCCAAUGUCACGGAACAGUGCACGGCCGCAGCGCCCCACGCACGGUACGCACAACGGUCGCGGUGCUCCAGGCAGCGCAUUUGGGGUGGACGAAGUUCCAAGUGACGAAUCUGCGAACACGUUGGGGGCUAUGCGAGAAGCGUCACGCUCGGUCUCAUUGCGCAGUCACGAUGGGAAGAGCUUUCACCCGGACUCACCGCACCAAGCAGCCACGGCUGUCGGUAGAAGAAGUGGCCUCUCAUCGACCACCGUCGACCGAACCCCUGCUGGUCCAGGCGCCACGUCUCAUCGAACUGCACCGUCGGAGUCCAGCGGGACUCGCAGCGGGGCGCCCAAGGUGCUGUCCUCCUCGUCAGUGACAAUUGGCGGCAAGAAGAGAUAUCCCUGCGCAUUUCCGGAAUGCGACAAGACAUUCUCUACUAGCGGUCACGCCGCUCGGCAUCACCGCAUCCACUCUGGUCGCAAGCCAUACAGGUGCACGUUCCCUGGCUGUAACGCUAGCUUUUCGAGGCAGGACAACAGCUUACAGCACUACAGAACGCAUGUUCUUCACCCUAAAGGUCGAAGCGCUGCUGCUGUCGCUAGCAGCAUCGAGGGCGACGCAGGUGAUAGCGAUCUCAGGGCUCUGGACUUGGAUCCCGAAACGGAAGCAAGUGUUCAGCUUGGUCGAAAGGCCCUUCAAGAGGGGACUGCCAUUGCCAUCGUGCAAGAAUACGUUGGACGUGACGGCCGGCGCGAGGAAGCUGUGCAGAGGACUGUCGGCAUGCCGCGAACCCGUCGAGACUCAGUGCGGUCUGAUCAGGACAGUAGCCUGACCAUGAUGGACGUUGACCAAGGCGAGCCCUCCGAGCUGCCUCCCGCAGGGCACGCAAUGCAGCAAAGCCGCAGCGGCUCCGCUCUGCUCAAUGGAAGCGCUUACAGCCCGCCUGCCGAAUACUAUCUGAACUCUGGGCACGCGACCAGACAACCUCAUCGUCUAUCGAUGCCGCAGCUGCCUCAUCUUCCACCAGUAGCUGGAAACCUCUUCGCACCGUCGACUUCCUCUAGCCCAGCGUUCUACCCGGCUGUCUCGCACCAUCGCCACCCGGACGGCAAAACUGGUGCAAAUUGGACCCAUUCUCCCGGUCCCGCCCUUCCUGCAGCUCACCAUCCGUACGGUGCGCCGCCUACCCCUGUCGCAUAUGCUUCUGCAGCGUCUUCGCGAAGCGCACUUUCGCCCGUUAAGACCCCGUGGUCCAGUGAGGGCGAAGCGGUACGUAUGGGUCAAAGGUCUACCGACGCUGUCGCAGGCUCUCAUUGGAGAGAAUCGAGCUUGAACCUCUUGCCUUCCUCGCGAUCUCGCGAGGCUACCUCUGAUAGCCCGACCAAUACGCAAUUUGGUCAUCAUCAUCGUAAACAGUCUUCGAUCUCUUCCAACACCAGUUUGGAUGCUAAUGCAUCGCAGGCGUACGAUCGCAGCCGAGAUCGGGCCUUCAUUCCGACAGCUUCCACGACGCCGUUGUUACUCAAGAGCAUCCCCAAUCAGGGCGCGCUUGUCAACGCAGCUGCUGCGCCCAUGCUUCCAAGUCUGUCUCGCUCGAGUCGCCUGUCGUCCUCGCCGACGAUGCCAGCGUCGCUUCCUGGUCUAAACGACUCGGCGAGGAAACACAGCGAUCAGCGCAGAAUGAUGCACCUCGAGGGUCCACUGCCUAGCUUGGCGCAGAUGCCUUGCUCCAGUGACCGGUCGACCUCCGGUCUGACACCAGGAGCGUCCAUGGAGGCUCCACAUUCCGUGGGGUCGCUUGGCGCAGCUUCAAGCACCACAGAGGCCCUUCGAUUACCGCCCCUCCGAACCGGUCUCAAAUAG